AACAAACUGCCGGUGGAGGAGCUGAGCGAAGGUGUGACUGACUGCGGGUGAGCCUCUACUCCGACGGGUGGACACCAUGAACUACGUGGGGCAGCUGGCUGGCCAGGUGCUGGUGACGGUGAAGGAGCUGUACAAAGGGAUCAAUCAGGCCACCCUGUCGGGCUGCAUCGACGUGAUCGUGGUCCGACAGCCCGAUGGGACGUUCCAGUGCUCGCCUUUCCACGUUCGCUUCGGGAAACUGGGGGUGCUGCGCUCCAGGGAGAAAGUGAUUGACAUAGAAAUCAACGGGGAACCUGUGGAGCUACACAUGAAGCUCGGAGACAAUGGAGAAGCCUUUUUUGUCCAGGAGACGGAGCAGAACAAUGAGAUCGUCCCAGCCCACCUGGUGACCUCGCCCAUCCCCACAGAAGAGGCUCUGUUCAGGAGCAGAGAGCCUAGAUGUGUGGGAUCGGUGGCGGAGACCGGUGCGCCACUGAAUCCAGAAGACCCGGCGUCUGGAAACGCGCAGCUGUGCUCCAAUUCAGCCGGCAAGAAGAAGAAGAGGCGCCGGAGGAAGCACAAAGCGGAGCCACGCAAGGAGGAGCCGACAACCACGCCUGCAGGCGGGGAGCCGGAGCUGUGUGAGCUCAGUUCAGACGAGGAGCACAACGCACACAAUGGGCGGGCGUCUUCUCUCUCCACGAUGAACAACAGCGUGGACCACAGGCAACAUUCCCCCCUCACCGGCCUCGAAUGGGACAGCUACCCUUUCUCCGAUGGAGACUGGUCACCCUCCACUACCAGGGAGAUGUCCGAGCCCAUGUCGCCCAAGAGUGACUCGGAGCUGAUGGUGAAGCCGGCAGAGAGCAUCCUCAGGGCCGAGUCCCACAUGCAGUGGACGUGGGGCGAGUUUCCAGAAUCUACCAGGGUCAACAAAAAGGACAAAACAGAGCCAAAGACGCUGAUCAUCACUCCCUCGGAGAACACGCAUUUCAGGGUUAUUUUAAGCUCAGAAGCGAUGGAGGAAGAGUCACGGGAUGAAGAGAGAAGCACAGAUCCAGUUUGCAGUAUCGUUAAACCAGAGCCACGGACCAUUAAACCCGAUCAGUGCGACUGCAAACCACAGCCCCCUGAAGCGUCGCCACAUGAUGCAAAUGUCACCAAGGACGAGCCAGACCUUUCCAGCUCGGCGUGCAGCAGUUUUACUUCCGAGCCACGUCCCGGUAACUCUGACCUCAACACAAAAACCGUGCGCAAGGCCAGGUGGACGUCUUCGCCGCCCGGCCGCAGGGGCAGCGGCUCUGCUGCCGGCGGAGGCAGCAACAUGGCCGGAGACGCUGCAGCAGUUUGUGCCGACACAGGAGCCUCCUCCAAACCCACGGACUCCCCCAGCAAGAGGAGAGGUGUGAGGAAGAGGAGCCAGCAUCAGGGGCCUGAAGAUAUUUACCUGGAUGAUCUGAAUGCACUGGAGCCUGAUGUUGUUGCCCGUUACUUCCCGAAAAGUGAGUCUGAGCAGGUUCCUAAACACUGGGUGGAGAUGGGACGGCGCUCUGGAUCCCAGUCUCCGCAGUCGGUGGGCAGCGCAGCAGCAGACAGCGGCACCGAGUGUCUGUCCGACUCUGCCGGCGACCUCCCUGACGUCACACUGUCGCUGUGCGGAGGCGUCGGCGAGAACUCGGAGAUCUCGAAAGAAAAAUUCAUGGAGCACAUCAUCACCUACAACGAAUUUGCAGAGAAUCCAGCGAUUAUUGACAACCCCAAUUUGGUGGUUAGAAUCGCAAACAGGUAUUACAACUGGACCCUGGCAGCACCGUUGAUACUCAGUAUGCAGGCUUUUCAGAAGAACUUGCCGAAGGCUACAGAGGAGGCCUGGGUGAAGGAGAAGAUGCCAAAAAAGUCUGGACGCUGGUGGUUCUGGAGAAAGAGCAGCGUGAAGCAGUCAUCAUCGGAGACCAAAUUAGACAGACAGGAGUCCCUGAGCAGAGAGAGCCCUGCCCUCCACCAGGCCCCAGAAACACAACACAAAACAGCAGAGUGGUCCAGCGACGACGAGACUAAAGAGCUGAACGCCGUGGCGCCUGCUCUGACAUCUACUGAGCGCGUGCAGACAGAAGGACCGGCACCAGCGCCUUGUCACUCCUAUAAGAAAUCCCUCCGCCUGUCCUCUGACCAGAUAGCCAGCCUGAAGCUAAGGGAGGGGCCUAAUGAUGUCACCUUCAGCAUAACCACUCAGUACCAGGGGACGUGUCGCUGCGAGGGCACCAUCUACCUGUGGAACUGGGACGACAAGGUUAUAAUCUCUGACAUCGACGGCACCAUCACCAAAUCAGAUGUGUUUGGACAGAUCCUGCCUCAGCUCGGUAAAGACUGGACUCACCAAGGAAUCGCUAAGCUUUACCACUCAGUGCACGAGAACGGUUACAAGUUCCUGUACUGUUCGGCCCGAGCGAUCGGCAUGGCUGACAUGACGCGAGGAUAUUUGCACUGGGUGAACGACAGGGGGACUCUCCUGCCUCAAGGACCCCUCAUGCUCUCCCCCAGCAGCCUCUUCUCUGCCUUCCACAGAGAGAUCAUAGAAAAAAAGCCUGAGAAGUUCAAGAUCGAAUGCCUCACCGACAUCAAGAACCUGUUCUUCCCAAACACGCAUCCCUUCUACGCAGCCUUCGGAAACAGAGCGAGUGACGUCUUUGCCUACAAACAAGUAGGUGUGCCUGUGUGCCGCAUAUUCACAGUGAAUCCCAAAGGCGAGUUAAUCCUUGAACAAUCCAAAGGCAAUAAAACAUCUUACAGUCGGCUGAGUGAGCUGGUGGAGCACGUUUUCCCUUUACGAAGUUCACAACACAACGCCACCUUCAGCUGCCCGGAGUUCAGCUCCUUCUGCUUCUGGAGACAGCCGAUCGCUGAGGUGUGUUUUGAGGAGCUGCUUUAAACUCAGACCAAUAUUAAUGUUAAAUUAAUUACUUGAAAUCAAGUGAGCUCAGAGCAGUAAUUUAUUGUAUGCCUGUAUGCACUGGCUUAAUACUGAUGAUAGUUCUUUAAUAUAAAUUCAAUAUAUAUUAGUUUUGUAUUGUAUUAGACACAUUCCUGUUUAGUGAAAAAGUUUGGGAUAUUGAUGUAUUCCAUGUUUUUGUGCCACGUCAUCUUAUUAAGGGUUUAUCCCCUUUAUGCACUUGGUAUUGUUUGUGCUUGAGGUGUAGUGGACGGCUCUGUCAGCGUUUGGGAUAUGAAAGUAUCAGUUGUUUUAUCAUUUGUCACAGCGCUUCUAAGAAGAAAAUUGCCUAAGCACUUAUUUAGGCAGCGCAGGUACAAUAACUGUGUUUAAACUGACGAGUUCGAUAUGAAACAAGAACGAUCACCAAACGCACAGUUCAUGCUGUAUUUAGAGCAAGUGUGCAGUCGUCCCUUUAAGGCCUUAUUCACUCUAUAACGGUGUCAUUUGAUGUAUACGGAUCUUAUAUCUUUGCUCCGGGGCUUAAGGAUUUUGCACAAUGAUGCUAAAAAAAAAAGAAAUGUGAAAUGAUUUUGCUCAUAGGUUAUAACUGCAUUACUUUGAAGAAAAAGCACUUUCUGAACUGUAGAUACUGCUGCUAUUUGGUAUCAAGUAUUUUUCCAAAAAACAAGAUUUAGUUUAGACGUACGGUAGAAAACUAUUUUUGAUGAAUUUUGAAGCUAAUCUUUGAGAUGUUUUUUGCCAGACUUGUGAAAACAAACUACAGUAUAUUAUUAAUGUUAAUGCCUCUUUUUUUUUU